AUGACGGGCCAGAGCCUGUCCGAUUUGUCUGAAGCCAACUUCGAGGAUAGCGAGAUCAGUGUCAAUGUUGGGGGUUUCAAGAAGAAGCUGCGCUCUCACACACUGUUGCGCUUCCCGGAGACAAGGUUGGGCCGCCUCUUGCACUGCCGCUCCAAGGAGUCCAUCCUGGAGUUGUGUGAUGACUAUGACGACGCGCAAAACGAGUUCUACUUUGAUAGGAACCCAGAACUCUUCCCUUACGUCCUGCACUUCUACAACACAGGCAAACUGCACGUGAUGGGAGAACUCUGCGUCUUCUCCUUCAGCCAGGAGAUAGAGUACUGGGGGAUCAAUGAGUUCUUCAUCGACUCCUGCUGCAGCUACAGCUAUCACGGAAGGAAGAUGGAGCCUGACCAAGAGAAAUGGGAUGAGCAGAGUGACCAGGAGAGCACUACUUCCUCCUUUGAUGAGAUACUGGCUUUCUACAACGAUGCAUCCAAGUUUGAUGGACAGCCCUUGGGCAACCUCCGAAGACAGCUAUGGUUGGCCCUGGAUAACCCAGGCUAUUCCAUUCUGAGCAGAGUAUUCAGUAUUCUUUCCAUCAUGGUGGUACUAGGUUCCAUUGUCACCAUGUGCCUCAACAGUCUUCCUGACUUUCUGAUCCCUGAUAGCCAAGGCAACCCAGAAGAAGACCCCAGGUUUGAAAUUGUGGAACACUUUGGGAUUGCCUGGUUCACCUUUGAGCUAGUGGCUAGGUUUGCCGUGACUCCAGAGUUCUUCAAAUUCUUUAAGAAUGCACUGAACUUGAUUGAUCUCAUGUCCAUCAUUCCCUUCUACAUCACCUUGGUGGUCAAUCUGGUGGUGGAGAGUUCUCCCACCUUGGCCAAUUUAGGUAGGGUAGCUCAAGUCCUCAGGCUCAUGAGGAUUUUUCGAAUACUAAAAUUGGCCAGACAUUCCACUGGUCUUCGGUCCCUAGGGGCAACCUUGAAAUAUAGCUACAAAGAGGUGGGGCUCCUCUUGCUUUAUCUUUCAGUGGGCAUAUCAAUAUUCUCUGUAGUGGCCUACACCAUCGAGAAAGAAGAAAAUGAUGGUCUGGCCACAAUCCCUGCCUGCUGGUGGUGGGCAACUGUGAGCAUGACAACUGUGGGCUAUGGUGAUGUCGUUCCAGGGACCACAGCUGGAAAGCUGACUGCUUCAGCUUGUAUCCUUGCUGGCAUUCUUGUGGUGGUACUGCCAAUAACUUUGAUCUUCAAUAAAUUUUCACAUUUUUAUAGGCGCCAAAAGCAACUGGAAAGUGCCAUGCGCAGCUGUGACUUUGGGGAUGGAAUGAAGGAAGUUCCUUCAGUCAACCUAAGGGACUACUAUGCCCACAAAGUUAAGUCACUGAUGGCAAGUCUUACCAACAUGAGCAGGAGCUCACCCAGCGAACUAAGCUUAAAUGAUUCCCUACAUUAG